GCCAUGUGGACUCAGACUUAGAGUUUUGCAGGACAGACCUUCUUUUGGCUGCAGAGCUUGUGACUUCCAGAUCCUCGAUACUUAAGUGAAGAGAAGCAGCAGGAAUAUAUAUUUGCUUUUAAGUCCCUGUUGGAAAUCAAGAGGCCUUGUAAAAUAACAAUUCCAACAGGACAAAAUGACUGAUAAACUGGGCGACGGCUCUUUCAUGUUCACCUCAGAGUCUGUAGGAGAGGGACAUCCAGAUAAGAUUUGUGACCAGAUCAGUGACGCAGUCCUGGAUGCACAUCUGAGGCAGGACCCAGACGCUAAAGUGGCCUGCGAAACUGUGUGUAAGACCGGCAUGGUGCUGCUCUGUGGAGAGAUCACAUCUCGGGCCAACGUGGACUAUCAGAAGGUGGUGAGGGACGCUAUCAAACACAUUGGGUACGACAACUCUGAAAAAGGUUUUGAUUACAAGACAUGUAACGUGCUGGUGGCUCUGGAGCAGCAGAGUCCAGACAUCGCUCAGGGUGUCCACAUUGACAGACGAGAAGAGGACAUUGGAGCAGGAGACCAGGGUCUGAUGUUCGGCUACGCCACAGAUGAAACGGAGGAGUGCAUGCCUCUCACCAUCGUCCUGGCUCAUAAGCUAAACGCAAAGAUGGCGGAACUGAGACGCAAUGGCACAGUGCCCUGGCUGCGCCCCGACUCUAAAACACAGGUGACGGUACAUUAUGAUCAGAAGGAUGGAGCUGUGGUGCCUAAAAGAGUCCACACCAUCGUUAUUUCUGUCCAGCACGACGACGGCAUCUCUCUGGAGGAGCAGCAGAGGGUCCUGAAGGAGAAGGUGAUAAAGGCCGUGGUUCCGGCUAAAUAUCUGGACGACAAAACCGUGUACCACCUCCAGCCAAGUGGCCGCUUCGUCAUCGGAGGACCGCAGGGAGAUGCUGGUGUUACAGGCAGAAAGAUUAUUGUAGACACAUAUGGAGGCUGGGGAGCUCACGGCGGCGGGGCCUUCUCCGGCAAGGAUUUCUCAAAAGUGGACCGCUCAGCUGCUUACGCCGCUCGCUGGGUGGCAAAGUCUUUGGUCAAAGCAAAACUGUGCAGGAGAGUUCUGGUUCAGGUGUCUUAUGCUAUUGGAGUGGCCCAUCCUCUGUCCAUCUCGUUGUUCACGUACAACUCCUCUCAGAAAUCAGAGUCAGAACUUCUCAAGAUCGUCAACAAGAACUUUGACUUGCGCCCCGGAGUUAUAGUCAGGGAUCUGCAGCUGAAGAGGCCGAUAUACCAGCAGACGGCCUCAUACGGCCAUUUUGGACGACCAGAGUUUUCUUGGGAGGUGCCUAAGGAGCUUGUUUAUUAAAAACUUCUUGCCCGGAUCGUCCACCUUGAAGAGCGAUCGAGAUGCUUCCGUAUUGGACUGUAAUGUCCGACUCACUCAGAUGCGUAAUUAACUCAGUCAGACCAAAGAGUCCGUUUCCAGCGAAACUGAAGUUCCUUUUCACUUCCUUUGAACAGAACUGAAAUUACUAGAAGUAUAACUUUCAGCUUUUUAUUGUGCAUUAGUUGAUCUUAACUUCCUAAGGUCUGUACUAAAUCCAAAUUUAGAAAAAAUAUGUUCAAGUUGCUUAAGGGUCUGAAGUGGCAGAAGAUUCUUUCAUGAGAAGAGUUUUAAUGUAUUGGCGGUCCAAAGCAAAUUAUCAAACCAGCUUCACAACAACAACAAUAAAAAAAGAUUACUACUUCCAUACAACAAGCUGAGGAACAUUGUUUUUAGAGGGCAGUAUAGUGUAACCUCUACUUUUAAUCAUAGCCAGGUGCUUCUGACAAGUCAGAAAAUGCAAACAGUUUUCAUUGCAUUAACUCAGCGGAGAAAGAUUAAAAAUAACAUUGCAUCUUAUAUUUUCUUGACUUUUUUAUGUACAUGUCCAUA